UAUUACCUCUAAGCAUACAAGUAUUUCAUAAACAUUAAAGAAAAAAUUUUUGUAUUUAAUAUUUAUUGAAUUAAUUAUGUUAAUAUGAGUUUAUUAUUAAAAUGCACAGUAAAUUGUGGCUCAAAGAAAAUUGUACCAUGUCUGCACCAACUGCUGCAGGCAUAUGUUGAACCCGUACGAGGCAUACAUUUGACACCAACACAACAAACUCUGUGGGAAAGAGAAAAAAAGUCGGGUUAUAGAAAACCAUUAGCGCUACCAUCAAAAAAACAACUAAUUCUCGAGGGAAUUCAGGAAUUAAAAAAAGAAAUUAAAUUAUGGAGUGAAGAAGUAAAAGAGCGUUUCGAAAGUGAUCCGAUACUAGCUUUUCGGCCAGGUGAAACAGAUGUUGUGUUCAAUUUUAAAAAUCCCGAAUCAUUAGACAAAUGGGUUGUUACAACCGACAGUGAUCAUAAUGAAGGCAAAAGUAAUGCUACACUUAAAAUAAGUCCCGCUGGUGCAGGACUAUUUGAAGGAAAUGUAUGCUCUGAACAUACCAAAGAUGGUAUAAUAAAACGCACCGGCUAUGCCAAUAUACGUACGAAAAGAGUGCGAAAAUCUUUCAAACGAGAAACUACUUACGAUUGGACGCAAUAUAAUACGUUAAUAUUGAAAGUACGUGGAGAUGGACGAAAUUAUUUAAUUAAUCUUCAUACUGAGGGAUAUUUCGAUUUAUUAUGGAAUGAUAUUUAUCAUUACAUUUUAUAUACUCGAGGUGGUCCCCACUGGCAAAUAGCAAAAAUACCGUUUUCAAAAUUCUUCUUAGCGAAUAAAGGUAGAGUGCAGGAUAAACAAGAACCAAUUGGCUUGAAUAGAGUAACACAUUUUGGAUUCUCUGUUGGCGCAAGAAACAGUAUGGAUGGCCCAUUUAAAUUAGAAAUUGACUAUGUUGGAUUAGAGUAUGAUCCGAAUCAUCAGGAAGAAUUUGCUUAUGAAAUGUAUAAAACAGAUAAAUACAUAGUAGCGAAUUAACAUGCAAAUAAUGUACAAAAGACGAAAAUAUAGGCAAUAAAAUGUUUUUAAUUUAAA